GUUCGGUUCAUUCGGUUUGACGGAGGAUUCUCGGGCACGAAUUAACCGUUAACCGUGCCCUCCUUCUCGGCGUUUCGUCGGAAUUUCUUGACGUCGAGAGGUAUCAGUAAACGGCGGCAAACUGUACGGGCACCGGGAAGAAGAAAUGCUCACGAUGGAGACGGACCUGAAGGGCGGCAGCCUGCACGGUCAAAUGCCACCUCACCAAGGUGUAUCGCCAAUGGGCCAUCAUACCGGUGUUUCGCCUUACGGCAGCCUCGGCUCCAUUGUGCACAGCCCGGCGUUGUCCGGCAGCCCUCCGAGCGCCGGAGGUUUGGGCCUCGGCUUGCCGCACCACCACCAGACCCCGCAACACCAUUACGCGUCGAUGCAGGCUGCCCAGCAACAGCAACAGCAGCAGCAACAGCAGACGAUACACUCAUUGACCCAGCAAAACGCCGGCCAACAACAGCAGCAGCAUCAACACCACCCGCACCAACCCCCCCAACAACAGUCCCAAACCUCCCACCAUCAAUCCGCCAACAACAAUAACAACACGAGCAAGAACAACAACAUCGACCGCGUGAAAAGGCCGAUGAACGCGUUCAUGGUGUGGUCCCGCGGGCAACGGAGGAAGAUGGCCCAGGAGAAUCCCAAGAUGCACAACUCGGAGAUAUCGAAACGUUUGGGGGCCGAGUGGAAGUUGCUGAGCGAGACGGAGAAACGUCCCUUCAUCGACGAGGCGAAACGAUUGCGCGCCGUGCACAUGAAGGAGCACCCCGACUACAAGUACAGGCCCCGCCGCAAGACAAAAACCUUGCUCAAGAAGGACAAAUUCCCCCUGGGGGGUGGGGUGGCGGGCGUUGGCGGGAUGCUGGGUGUGGAUCAACGGCAAGUCGGGGGCAACGGUGGCCCCCAGCAGACCCAAUUGUCGCGCGACGUGUAUCAAAUGCCCAACGGUUACAUGCCCAACGGAUACAUGAUGCACGAUCCGACCGCUUACCAGCAACACGUCGCGUACGGGAGCCACAUGGGCGGCGCGGCAGCGGCAGCGGCCGCCUCGGCGGCCGGCUAUCCCAGGUACGACAUGGGCCACCACAUGGGCGGCGGUAGCCCGAGCCCGAUAAACAGCUACAUGAACGGUUACGGUGGUUACGGGAGCACCACCGUGCCGGGUGGCUCGCCCUCGCCUUAUCAUCAAGCGCAGCCGGGAUCGCAAAUGUCGAGCCACAGUCCAAGCGGUAGUAGCAUAAAAUCGGAGCCGACGAGUCCAGCGAGCGGUGGGAUUCACACGCCGACGCCUACCGGCGCGUCGUCGACGGCCGCCGCCGGUGGUCAAAUAGUUAAGCGGGAAUACAUGGGCCAACAACAGACCCAACAAACUCAGGGUGAUCUCAGGCAAAUGAUCUCCAUGUAUUUGCCUCAAGGAGUGGAGCAGGGAGUCGUCCAACAUGGCGCCGGUGUCUACUCGCCUGGACCAUCUCCCGAUCCCUUGGCGCAGCAUCAUACGGCCAUUCCACCUCUAACGCACAUGAUAGCUUAGAUUCAGAAGAGAGGACAACGUGCGCGUGGGACAACUUUGAAAGUAUGAAGAUGAUAUUCUAACGAGAAAACGAGAGAUUACAAGUGAAAGAAAAAGAAAGAAAGGGAGAGAAAGAGAGAGAGAGUGGGAAAGAAGAGAAAAAGAAGUAAAUAAAAAAAGAUCGACCGAGAUAUGUUGGGAUUGUUAUAUAAAUAACACUGAGAAUUCGUGGGGGCUGAGACGAGAUCGUCGAAGAUUUCUCGCAAUCUUUGGAGAAAUGGCAAAGGACGAAAAAAAGAAAAAGAAGAUAACGAAAAAAAAAAAAAAGAAAAGAAAUU